AUGAGAUUCAGUUCAUUAUUUAGACGUGGUUUAUCAAUGCGCUUUGCCAUGUCGGGAAUUGAGCACGCGUCGACGCAGAGCAUCAGACCUUUUAGGUCGUGUGAGGAAUACCUCUACGCGAUGAAGGAAGACCUGGCCGAGUGGCUGAAGGACUUGUACGGCGUGGACAUUACGGUGAAUAACAUGGUGCAGGCGCUGGAGACGGGCGCGCUCCUCUGCGCUCACGCCAAUAACGUAACGCUCGCCGCCGCCGAGUUUCGGCACCAACACGGUCGCGAGUGCGCGCACCUGCCCUCCUCCGGGGUGACUUACAUGAGCUCGGCUCAACCUGCAACCUUUCUGGCCAGGGAUAAUGUGUCCAACUUCAUCAACUGGUGUCGGAAUGAAAUGCGCAUCAAAGACGUUCUGAUGUUCGAGACAGACGACCUUGUCCUUCGAAAGAAUGAGAAAAACGUGGUGCUCUGCCUGCUCGAGGUGGCUCGACGGGCCUCUCGUUUCGGCAUGGCCGCGCCUGUCCUUAUUCAGCUGGAGGAGGAGAUCGAGGAGGAGAUUCGUGAGGAGAAAAUGGAGUCUGUGGUCAAGAGAUGCUUGAUAAACACAGAGAACCUUGAUGAGAUGGUUCAAUAUCUGAUAAGUCGCUGCACUUGUCCCAGUCAGUUUCCCAUGGUGAAGAUAUCAGAGGGCAAAUAUAGAGUCGGAGACUCCAACACCAUCAUAUUUGUGCGAAUCUUAAGGAAUCAUGUGAUGGUGAGAGUGGGUGGUGGAUGGGACACCCUGGAGCACUAUCUGGACAAACAUGACCCCUGCCGCUGCACAUCUCUUUCCCAUAAACUGGCACAGCGCCCUGGCACUCCGGUCCACGAGAUCAAAGCCAGGCAAUGCGGGCCUGAUGGCCAGGCUAUGUCUCAAAUCUCUUUGGUGCUAAGCCGAACCCAGUCCCCAAUCGAUCCUGUAAUAUGGACUUCUUCUGCUCCCACCAGAAUCCAGAGAUCAGAGCCAGGGCUCAAGACAAGACUAAGGGUCUCUUCCCAACAGACCAAAUCUGAAAUUAAGGACAUGCCGAAGUCCACUUGCAGAACAGGCAGAGAACCCUGUAGAGUGGCUCCGUCUCCACGUGUAACCAGUAGUCUUCCUCGACCAGCCCGCCUGUCCACCCCACCACCACAAGAGACUCAGCGCCCCAGUACACCCUUGGUCUUGCAGAAGGUCUACAGCCAAACCUUUACUCCACCACAGCAAGGGCCAGAAAACAAGCCUAGGCAAAAUUUAACUAAGUCUCAGAUUGUAUCAAAGCUGAGACAAAAUGCCACAACUGGACCAAAGAACAACAAGGAUUUACAAAGUGUUCCAGAGAAGCCAGGACCUUCACUGUCAGCUCGACCAUUGCAGAGCAUUACACCGGUUCAAUGUCUUGCAACCAACAACAGUGGUUUGAUAAGGCAACAAGACUUUCAAGACAGUGGGAAUGCCAGAAAGAGCCCGGGGUUCAUUCGGACAUUUUCUCCUACAAAAGGGCUAAUGGGUGUUAUAUCAGGGGAUGGACAUACUAGGCUCCUUGCAUUAAAUGAAAAAGGCCAUUCAUCAGACAGUCCAUCCCCACCUACCAGACUUCAAAUAAAUGAGAAUAGCCAACAGAGAUCUUCUUCACCUGGUGACAGAAAGCAUUACGUGGUACUUCCAAAGCACACUGUAUUAAAUUCUGUAAUCUAUUCUGACUUCAACAGCACCGUAGUGGAGCAGUCUCAACCUGUUGCUGUUGUGAAUGCAGAAAACAAAAAUAGAGAUACAAAGAGAAGCUAUCUUUUUACUCCUCCUCCUAUCAGUCCUGCUCAGGAGGCCAUCCUGUAUCAGAGCCUUGAGGAAGAGAUCCUAUUUAACCUACAACAGCUUAGCAUGGACUCUGAUGGUGGUGACUCAGAGAACGAGCAGGACAGUAGUCAGCCUGACACCCUAAUGAAUUCUCGGGAGAUUUCACAUAAGAUCAGGCAACCAUCUAUCCACAACACAUCCUGUGGUGGAUCCCAUUCAUCUUCUAGACAAACUAAUACAAGAGAUGCUAAUUUUGAAGCUGUUAUUGAUGAGCUUACCAAAGGGAGGAGACCACUUGAGAAAGUAUCUGUUGAAAGUUGGGUGAACAAUUUCUCCAAAGAUCUCAGAGACAACAAGCAAGAAAAUCAGACUAACACAAGAAACCUAAAUGUUUUCAAACCCUCUGUGGCAAGUUCCUGGUCGUCCCUAGGUUCAAGUAUAGAUUCAAAAGAAUCUACAGAACCAACCAAUACUGCAGAAGCUAACAACUCUGAAACUAGCAAUAAGGAGACGCUGCAGGUCUCUUCAUCAUAUCAGAGGAGAUCAUUGAAAAAGCCAGAAAGGGUGCCCUCCAUCUAUAAGUUGAAGCUGAGACCUUGUAUGCGUCCAAGACGGGACAACAGACCUGACAAGACACCUACAAAGAUCCCCAAACCCAUUUGUUAUAGAAGUCAAAGCCCAGAAUACACCACGUCCGUUAUGACCGAUACUCAGAAAGGUCUUAAUGUUUCUUGUAGAGCUUCCAUCAAAAGAUGCUCAAGGAAGACGAGUCAAACUACAUCCAAAUUUAGUGCCACAAAGUGCAGAGGAGGAGACCAGGAGAUAUUGGCAAAUCAAGAGCUUGAAUUCUGGGUUUAAUGGGUUUUUUUGUGCUCAGUUAUAAUUUGUGCCAUGCUUUGAAUCUCAGGCAUUAGCUGGAGAAAUUCAUUCAGUUAUGGGCAUUGUAACCAGUUUAGGAACCACUUCAUCCUUGUCAGGGUUACAGUGGAUUUAGACACUACUCUAAAGAUGGGAUGAGAAAUGGGGUUACCUCUCGGAUGGGAUGCCAAACUAUUGCAGUUCAAACCAGAACCAGAACUUAAAAAGAUUGAGCCAAACUCCCGAAAGCUGUGAGACAACAAAACUACCUGAUGCACAACUAUUGCUUUUUUUCCUAAAUGAUUUGCAGCUGAAACAGAAUACAGAAGUUAACAAUUGCAGGUUAAAGGUUUUGAUCAAGCACCCAACAAGGGCAGCUUGGCUAUGCAUGGAUUUAAAUAGAUAACCUUCCAAUCAGUAGCCCAAAGCCUUAAACACUGAAUAACCACAUCCCAAUUGCCCAGAGAGAAAUACAGCAUGGCAAAAUCAUGAUGAAAGUCAAUUUAUUUUAAGAAUCUACAAAUUUGUUUUGAAUAAUUUCUUGACUAUACUUAGAAUUUCAGACAUGCACAUGCUGACAUGCUUCAGCUUUAUUAAAUAAGCAUUUUUUUCCCCCCCAGGCAGCUCAGAGGCUUGCAGAAAUAGAAAAGCACACUCUGUAUUGUUCACGGUCAGGUGCUUCACAGCUGAGCCUUAUUCUGUCAAAGUACAUAGGAUGCGAAAGAACUGACAGAUAAUACGCAAAUAUUAAAUUAUUAAAUCUACAUUAGUCUCAUCUGCUCUUUAGCUCAACCAUAAGUGAUGUGUGUUUACAUGCUGCUUUAUUUAGCCAUAAACUAUUAAGAAUAGCAAGAUACAGUAUAUAACAUAGUAUUUGAAAACUGUAGCAUUCCCACUGAGGUUAAUUUGAGCUCAAUUUUCUCUUUAACAUUUUUGCAAGUCACCUUAUUGCCUUGUUUUUGCCUGUGCAGCCUUUAUAAAUAAACCCUAGUGUAAGUCUGGGGAUAUUUAUAGCCUCCUUGAAACUGCAGUCUAUAACACCACAGCAGAUGAACCCGGCCCGGUACAUCCCUUUCUCCUGUCUCUUUCUCUCCCCCCCCCCCCCCCCCGUCUCUUUCUCCUCCUUCUCAUCUUAAACUUCUCUCAGAGGAAGGGACCACUUCAGACCUUUCAUCAUUAUCUGUAGGCAUAAAAAUUGGUCUGAGGUGGCUGAGGUACUCAUACUUUUUCCCCCCUGUAUACAAUUAACAGUCAGCAUUCUGAACAGACGAAUCCUCUUCCAUGUUAUGUUUAUAAAACAGACGCCAUUUUCAAAAAGGGAAAAUGUUUAAUUCGUAUGACCACAGUACCAGAAAUAGCUCUUUCUGUGAUUACAUAAUAAAAAAUAUAUCUGUGAUCUGAUACCA